GACUGAGAGCCCCUGACGGGAUUAAUGGCCACCCCCCACCUUCUGCCUCUGCUCGCUCCCCCAAAUGGGCACAGAUUUCCCCUACAAAAGGCUGGAGGCAGAGGCUGUGGGAGACCAGCUGCCCUCACGCUCCCUUCCUUUGCCCUCUGCUGGCUGGACUGGGCUGUGGCUUUGCUCCCUCUUUCUCCAGGUGAGAGUGGGUACCUGAGGCGCCAGGUUCCCCACCUCAUUCCCCAUGAAGGCUGUGGAAAGUCCCGAGGCGCAGGAGCUACACAAGCUGGGGAAUGGAGCCUGGGACAACCCAGCCUACAGUGGUCCCCCUUCCCCGCAUGGGACACUGAGGAUCUGCACCAUCUCCAGUGCGGUGCCUCCUCAACCCCAAUCCAAGCCGCCUGAAGAUGGACCCCAGGAGAAGGCACCCAAGACUCUGGUGUCCAGCUGUUGCCUCCAGAUCUGUCGCAGCAUCAGAGGACUCUGGGGAACAAGCUUGACUGAGAAUACAGCUGAGAACCGGGAACUUUAUGUCAAGACCACCCUUCGGGAGCUUUUGGUGUACAUCGUGUUCCUGGUGGAUAUCUGUCUCUUGACCUAUGGAAUGACAAGCUCCAGUGCCUAUUACUACACCAAAGUCAUGUCUGAGCUCUUCUUACAUACCCCGUCGGACACUGGAGUCUCCUUCCAGACCAUCGGCAGCAUGGCGGACUUCUGGGAUUUUGCCCAGGGCCCACUUCUGGACAGUUUGUAUUGGACCAAAUGGUACAACAACCAGAGCCUGGGGCGUGGCUCCCACUCCUUCAUCUACUAUGAGAACCUGCUACUGGGAGUUCCAAGGUUGCGUCAGCUGAGGGUCCGCAAUGACUCCUGCGUGGUGCAUGAGGACUUCCGCGAGGACAUUCUGAGCUGCUACGAUGUCUACUCUCCAGACAAGGAAGAGCAGCUCCCCUUUGGGCUCUUCAAUGGCACAGCAUGGACAUACCACUCGCAGGACGAGUUGGGGGGCUCCUCUCACUGGGGUCGGCUCACAAGCUACAGUGGAGGUGGCUACUACCUGGACUUUCCAGGAUCUCGACAGGCCAGUGCAGAGGCACUCCGGGAUCUUCAGGAGGGCCUGUGGCUGGACAGGGGCACUCGGGUGGUCUUCGUCGACUUCUCGGUCUACAAUGCCAACAUCAAUCUUUUCUGUGUUCUGAGGCUGGUGGUGGAGUUUCCAGCUACAGGAGGUGCCAUCCCAUCUUGGCAGAUUCGCACAGUUAAGCUGAUCCGCUAUGUCAGCAACUGGGACUUCUUCAUCAUUGGCUGUGAGAUCAUCUUCUGCAUCUUCAUCUUUUACUAUGUGGUGGAGGAGAUCCUGGAGCUUCACAUCCACCGGCUUCAUUACCUCUGCAGCAUCUGGAACAUUCUAGACCUGGUGGUCAUCUUGCUCUCCGUUACGGCUGUGGGCUUCCACAUAUUCCGAACUCUCGAGGUGAAUCGGCUGAUAGGGAAGCUCCUACAGCAGCCAAACACAUAUGCUGACUUCGAGUUCCUUGCCUUCUGGCAGACACAGUACAACAACAUGAAUGCCGUCAACCUCUUCUUUGCCUGGAUCAAGAUAUUCAAGUACAUCAGCUUCAACAAGACCAUGACCCAACUCUCCUCCACACUGGCCCGCUGUGCCAAGGAUAUCCUGGGCUUUGCUGUCAUGUUCUUCAUCGUGUUUUUCGCCUAUGCCCAGUUGGGCUACCUGCUUUUCGGGACCCAAGUGGAAAACUUUAGCACUUUCAUCAAGUGCAUCUUCACUCAGUUCCGGAUCAUCCUCGGGGACUUUGACUACAAUGCUAUCGACAAUGCCAACCGCAUCCUGGGACCUGCCUACUUUGUCACCUACGUCUUCUUCGUCUUCUUUGUGCUCCUGAACAUGUUCCUGGCCAUCAUCAAUGACACAUAUUCAGAGGUCAAAGAGGAGUUGGCUGGACAGAAGGAUGAGCUACAGCUUUCUGAUCUCCUGAAACAGGGCUACAACAAGACCCUGCUGAGGCUGCGUCUGAGGAAGGAGCGGGUUUCAGAUGUGCAGAAGGUCCUGCAGAGUGGGAAGCAGGAGAUCCAGUUUGAGGACUUCACUAAUACGUUGAGGGAGCUGGGACACACAGAGCAUGAGAUCAUGGAGCUCACAGCUGCCUUUACCAGAUUUGACCAAGAUGGGAAUCGCAUUCUAGAUGAGAAGGAGCAGGAACAAAUGCAACAGGAUCUGGAGGAGAAGAGGGUGGCCCUCAACACUGAGAUUGAGAACCUGGGCCGGUCCAUUGAGACUAACCCACCAGGCGAGCUGAGUCCAGAGACCGCCAAAGCAGGUGGCUGGACUUCAGGAGAAGAAUUCUACAUGCUCACAAGGAGAGUUUUGCAGCUGGAGACUGUCCUCGAAGGAGUCAUGUCCCAGGUUGACGCCGUGGGCUCAAAGCUGAAGAUGCUGGAGAGGAGGGGGCAGCUGGCUCCCUCUCCAGGCAUGGGGGAACAAGGCAUUUGGGAGCACCUGAAGGCAGCCACAUCCAUGACUCCAGACCCCUGGGAACUCCAGGGCAGGCAGGAAGGUGGGUUUCCCUGUGAAAGAGAAGGGGGAGCCAGAGAGGAGAGGAGACUUUCUCCAUGGGAAGAUUACAGCAUUGCCAAGGCUCUGGAGCGAUAA